CGAAAGUAGGGUCAUAUCCAUUUUUUAAGAAUCUGGUGCAUGUACACAUUCAGAACAUGUGAGUGGGUGGGAGUUGAAUGGCAGUUUAACCAUUUAAUCGACUGGAGAACCAUGGAAGUGUUCCUCAAUAGGGCUCUAUACUUCUCCCUAUGUCUCACAUUGGUUGAGUCCACAGCCAACUACCAACUGUUCAAGGGGCCCAGGACUGGUGAAACACAGCGCUAUCAAGUUUGUCCUAUGCCAUCCCAGCAAUGUUCUCACUGCUUUUACUGCAAAGAUGGCGUCCUGUCAGAUUCCUCUUACGCAAAUGAACAGGAUGUACUAUGUAACCAGUACUACAGACACAAAAAUAUGUCAGAGGCUCUUCUACCAGAAGAGUUUGCAAACAACAAAAUACCAGUGUGCAAUGUUGGACAGGUUCCAGGAUGUGGCUCUCCGCCUGAAGAUAACUCUGAGUCUGGACUGUACUGGUACUGUGACAUAGACUACAGCAAUCAACCCCACUCAGUCUACUUUUCCUGUGCCCUGAUCUGCAACUAUACAAACACUGUGGCCUACCAGUACUACUGCAAUGAAAGUCUGCGCUGGGAACUCUUGGAAGCGGCUACUUCUAGCUGUCGAUCAAAUGUAUCUGAAGAGGUUUUGACAAGCAUAGAGGCUGGUACAGCAUCGAUGGUACUCCCAAUGGUUGGCAUAGUUGCUGGAGUGAUGGUGGUGGCUGUUGCAGUCAUUUGUUCGAUACGCUGCUUCAUCUUCCAUAGACGCAAAAAAGAAGAUGAACGUGUACGAAAUGGAGAACUUGCACAAAUUAAAAUGUCAGUAAUGAACGGUAAUGACAGCAUCCAUGCUGCAUUGCAAGAUGAGCAUGAGACUGAUUUAAAAACUUUAGACCAUAGUGAAAUCGGCGGACAAGACAAAAGUGCAAAGAUGAGUCUAUUGACAGGUAAAAUUAAUAAUGUGACUUAUAAAGACAAGCCUGCAAGCAAGUGCACAGUGAACAAGUGUUUCAAUGGAUCAAAGCAUCACCAAUCUAGAAUGCAAGUUGAUGAUCAGACUGAUGUAAAAACUUUAGACCCUAGUAAAAACAGUGGACCAGAAGCAUGUGCAAGUUUUAGUCCAUUGACAGGGAAAAUUGAUAACAACACUACUAAAGGCAAGCCUGCAAGCAAGUGCACAUGGAGCAAGACUUUCAAAAGAACAAACAGUGAGCCAACCAGUUGCAUAAAAAUUCAUUUCAAAAUUGUGAAUGGAAAACUGAAAUGGGAAAAAUGUCAGGAUGUAAAUGGAGUUUUUGAGAUCCCAUCAGUUGCUGAGGAGAUCAGGAUAAGUAUAAACCCCCAAAAAGCAAAUGGUUUGCGUGUGAUAAUGGAAGAUAGACCAAUAAUUAAAGGAGAAUAUCAGGUUGGGGAGAUGCAGUAUGUAAUUGACUCCAAAGAAAUAGAUUGCAGUGGAAAGUACUGCUGUAAAUAUAAACUACUCCCAAGCAAAGAAGAAAAGACUGAACGUUUUGAGUUAAAACAUUUAAUGAAAAAAGUGAAUAAUGAUAUUAACCAACCUGCAGAUAAGUCUUAUUAUGCCCUACUAAAUCUUGAAUCGUUGGUGUCAAAAGAAUCGGGUUUAUCAUCCAUAAAGGGUGCAAAGUGUAUUUCCAGUUACACUAGCCCUAAAUCAACCAGUGAUCCAUGUAAAUCAUGGAAAACUCUAUCUGGACCAAAUUCUCUAGAAAGUGCCGAGGUGGAAGAUGAAAAAAUCCCAUGUCUUACAAACAGCUAAAAUACUGGUAAUUGUACUUCGUUUCUUGAAAGAGCUUAAAUUGUGGUUGUUGAAUCCUCCUUCUACAUUUCUUACUUCUGUCAGUUCAUAAGAGUGAAAUUUGUAAAUGAAUGGUUACGAAAAAAUGGUGGAAAAAAAGAUUGGGUUUGCAACUUGGAAUGUCUGAGAAUCCUUAUUUUUAUGCCCCCGGUAGGAGGGCAUAUAGUGAUCUGUCCGUCUGUCUGUCCGUCUGUCCGUCUUUCCGUCACACUUUGCGUUUAGGUUUCGAAAAAUGCUAAUAACUUCUAUGUCCCUUGAGAUGUAACCUGCAUAUUUGGUAUGCAUGUGUAUAUGGACAAGGCCUUUCCAUACGCACACAAAUUUUGACCCCUGUGACCUUGACGUUGAACUUCGGGUCCGCGUUUAGGUUUCGAAAAAUGCUCAUAACUUCUAUGUCCCUCGAGAUAUAACCUUCAUAUUUGGUAUGCAUGUGUAUAUGGACAAGGCCUUUCCAUACGCACACAAAUUUUGACCCCUGUGACCUUGACGUUGAACUUCGGGGCCGCGUUAAGGUUUCGAAAUCUGUGUUUAGGUUUCGAAAAAUACUCAUUACUUCUAUGUCCCUUGAGAUAUAACCUUCAUAUUUGGUAUGCAUGUGUAUAUGGACAAGGCCUUUCCAUACGCACUAAAAUUUUGACCCAUGUGACCUUGACCUUGAACUUAGGGUCCGUGUUUAGGUUUCGAAAUCUGCGUUUAGGUUUCGAAAAAAGCUCAUAACUUCUAUCAAGCGUUUAUAGGCAUAAGUCAUCCAAUGGUGACAGCUCUUGUUUUCUUUAAAUUUUCUAAAACUUUUUUUGUUAAAUGUUUCUUAAAUUUUGAUUUUGGAUGCAGAAUACCAUGUCAAUUGGAAAUAUUCAAAGAAAGAACAUACAAUUACAAGAGUUGUAAAUCAGUUCUACAACUUCAAAAAGUUAUGACAUGAUUUGCUUUUGACUCUCAAAUGUUAGGUGACUGUUUCACUAAAUAUUUCAAUUAUUUGAAAAAAUACAUAAAAUAUAAACCAUAAAACUUGGUAAUGUAUAAUGAACAAUAUUUAAUAAAUAGGGAUUUUCAUCAGGAGAGAACUCCUGUAUUGCCAAUCUUAUUCUUUAUGAUUAAAUAUUAUUCAGAUGCAUAGGUGAUGAGCGAUGUGGCGGUUAGCUGAAGUGGUUUAAUAAGUGAUUUAAUGACCACACAUAAGAAUGAUAAAGAUUUGUUCAUUGCUUAAGUGGGCUCAUCAUUUCAAUGACAGGAUCUUCAUGGUUGUUGCAAUUGAAAUGAAAAUUAUUGUUUAUGGUUUGGAAAGGUGGAUACUCGAUCAUCUGUAUGUAAUGCAUGUUUUGAUGUUAUCAAACCAAGUUAUCAAAUAUACCUAAACCUUGCAUUUAACUUCAUGGCUUCUCAUAUACACAUGUAAAUAAACACGCAUUAUAAUGCAUGCGAUACCUAUUUAUGUGUUAUUGUUGUACAUAUGACUUUAAGACAGAAUAAUGUAAUAUUUAUGGUCUAUUUAUUAAUUUUGAACAUAUUUUCUUAGAAUAGUAACACAGCUAACAAAUUUAUGUAUUGAAUACAGUUGUGUUGAGAGUUGUUUAUGAAUGGAGCAUAUAAACUAUUUUUAGGGUUAGGAAAUCAACAAUUUCAUUGAAAAUCUAGCUUUAUCUGACAGCGUUAAUUUAGUUUUUUUGUAUUUUCCUUACAUUUAUAUUGUUAAAGUAUAUGAUUAUGUCUGUCUCAUUACAUUGUUUUGUGAAUAGCCAUAAUGAGAUGUCUAAAUGAAUUUACAUAAACUAUCUUCAGAUGCAAAUGACAUGUCAAGUGUGAAAACCUUAUUUCUUAUUUCAAUGUCAAAUUUACAGUGGACACAUUUAGUUUCGGAAUAUUCCUCACAGUUUAGUCAAGUAUCAGCCUGUCCACACUGCAGAUAGACACUCUUUUACUUGAGUGUAAUUUCAUUUAUUUGUUUCCUAAUUAAUUUAAAAGUAACAAAAAUACGUGUGUCUAUCCAAUAUUAACAUAUAAAACUAUGCUACUCGUAUCUCAUAUGUGCUAUAUUGUAAUAAAUUUUAAGUGGUUAUCUGAAAAGGAAUUGGUGUGUAAAUAACCUGUUGUAAUGUUAAUAAUUUUAUGCAAUACAGUUUUGUUUUCACUAAGCGGAGACGUUAGCAUGAAGUGCUCAAGGUGAGCUAUUGCGAUCUCCCUAUGUUCAGCGUCUUUUGUUGUGCGGCAUGUGGUUUGUGUUGUCAACUUUUAGUGCUUUACCAUUAUACAGCCUAAAUUUGCUUCAGAAUAUCAAUGCAGUGUUUGAAUCUCAGUCAUGUACAUUUUAAAACUAGGUUACCAGGACAAAUCUUACAAAGUUCUUGUUAUCACUAUAAAAAAAGCGUAUGUGACUCAAUCUUGAUGAGGCUACGUUUCAAUGUUUAUCUUGAUAUCUUCUAGGCUGAGUUAGAAUCUUGGUCACGUGCGUCUAAACAAUAGCUCACCGUGGAACCAUUCUAGAGACCACAUUGAUUACUCAAUCUUGAUGAAACAUGGUAAAAAAAAUUGAAUCUGGUUCACAUGGGUCUAAACACUAAUUUAUCAGGUCAAAUCUUAAAAAAACAAUUGCUACCGCUUUAAAGGCCACAUUUACAACUACUUUAAUGAGAUACAGUCAGAAUGUUUGUCCUGGUAAUAUCUAGAAAGAGUUCCAAUCUGGGUCAUGUGCUUCAAAAAACAAGUUUCCCACAGUCAAAUCUUAGAGAAAAAAACAUGUCCCCAUGGCCUAAUUUAUGACUCAAACUUGAUGUAACUUUAUCAGAAUGUUUAUAUAUUUACAAUAUGAAUCUAAAUCUUUGAAUCUGUAUUACUUGCGUCUCGAAACUAGGUUACCAGGCCAAAUCUAAAAAAAUAUAACCUUUUGUGGGACUUCAUUUAUGACUCAAUCUUGAUGAAAUUUAGUUGUUUUGUUUAUUAUUCAAUUAUAUUUGUUAAAGCUUAAUAUAAAUGUAUUGUGUUUGCUAUAAUUUACAUUUGUGUUCCUUAUUGCUGAUAUUUCUACUUCAACCAUGAUCUGUUAUUUAAUGCCUCUUUAUUAUUAUGUUGAUGAGAUUGUUCAGUAUAUUUUCCAUCUGAUUUUACCCAUUAUUUGUCUUGCACAAAUUGACAAGAGUGGAGCCGUGGUCUUGUGGUAAUUCUCUGACAAAAACCUCAGUGGUCACAGGUUUGAUUGGCCUGCUCAACCUUAUCCUUCUCCCUUUGGCAUGAGACGUUGAACUGAGAGGCACUGUAUUUGGUGCCUCAUAGUUGAUUUUGACAGGUGAUAAAAUAAAAAUGUAAAAUAUAUUGAACAAAUGAUUGCAAAGCAAUAUGUUCCCCUACCGGUGAAACUCCACCAUUGUCAGUAAAAAAAAAAAUAUUUCACCGGAGGGGACAUAUGGUUUUCGCUCUGUGCAUCUGUCUGUUUGUCACACUUUUUUUGAUCCUGCGAUAACUUUAAAAGUUCUUAAUAUUUUUUCAUGAAUCUUGAAACAUGGAUAGAUGGCAAUAUGGAGAUUAUGCAUGUCAUUUCGUUUUGUGCCUAUGUCAAAAAUUCUGUUUGCUAUGGCAACAAAUAGACUAUAAAUACUGCUGAAAAUGGUGGUUUUCUGGAUCCAGCGAUUACUUUAAAAGUUCUUAAUAUUUUUUCAUGAAACUUGAAACAUGGAUAGAUGGCAAUAUGGACAUCAUGCACGUCAUUUCAUUUUGUUCCUACGUCAUAAAAUAUGGUUGCUAUCGCAACAAAUAUACUAGAAAUACUCCUGAAAAUGGUGUUUUUCUGGAUCCUGCGAUAACUUUGAAAGUUUUUCAUAUUUUUUUCAUGAAACUUGAAACAUGGAUAGGUUGCAAUAUGGACAUUAUGCACGUCAUUUCAUUGUGUUCCUACGUCAAAAAUUUUGGUUGCUAAGGCAAAAUAUAUAAAAAAAAUCUGACAAUGGAAUUUCUGACAAUGGUGUAGCCGGUAGGGGACACAUAUUGCUUGGUAAUAGUCUUGUUAAAAGAUAUAAGAUGUGAAAUAAUAAUAAUUGCUUAAUGUCAAAAGGCGACUGUUGUUUAUGGCAUUCAUUUAUGUGCAUAUACAAUACUGUUCAGGUAAUGCUACUGUUCACAUGUGUUGUGGAAUGAAACCCAUUAUGUAUUAUUAUACCGUCAUUACUGGUAAUGGGGGCUAUAUAGGAGUCACAUUGUCAGUCCGUCGGUCGGUCUGUCCCGAAAUUUCAUCCGAUCUUCAACAAACUUGGUCACAAGUUGUAUCUUAAUUAUGUCUAGGUCAAGUUUGAAUAUGGGUCAUGCCAGGUCAAAAACUAGGUCAUGGGGUCACUUAGUGUGUUUUAAACCGAAAGUUUGUCCGCACCAUAACUAUGUCAUUUAUCCUUAGAUUUUAAAAUGACUUGGUACAUUUGUUCACCAUUAUGCGACGGUGUGUCGUAUGAAAAAAGUACGUUGAUAUCUCCAAGGUCAAGGUCACACUUGGGGUUCAAAGGUCAAAUGCUUGUCUGGGCUAUAACUUUGUAAUUUAUUGUGAGAUUUUAAAAUCUUUUGGCAAAUUUGUUCAUCAUCAGUGGACGGUGUGUAAGGUUUCUUUUAGGGAAAUGUCUCUUAUUAUUUUCACUAACGGUCUCGGGGAAACAUUUCAAAAUCUUGCACCGCUUACGAAAAUCAAGUUGAAUGUUCACAAAUGUCAAAGAAAUACAUGUAUCUGUAUAUUUUUAUUUUAAGUCAAAACAGACUAGCGAGAAAUCAACACUGAAAAUGUUAAUAUACAUCAUAAGUGUCUGAGGAUAGCAACUUCGAUCCACUGUUUUUACAAAUACAAAAUCAGUAAGAAGCAUGUUAGUUCAUUUGCAUUUGUAAAACUAUAAGCCUACUGCAAUACACGUUUUCAUCUUAAACGAACUAAGCUUACCAGAAACUUUAUUGAUUUCCACAAUAACAUGACUGGUCAGAACAUGAUAAAGAGAGCCUUCCAGACCAGUAAUAAACACCGCUGAUUAAAUGGAUUUAAAAGCAACUAAUUGUACUCAUAUCCAUAACGGUUAACGGGACAGCAUCAGCUACCGCGCAAUAACAACUCGCCCCUUGUCGGAAAAAGAUCGAUCUCACCGAAUCUGCAAACCAAAUCCAAGCAAGCCCCGGCACAUUAGAGUCAAAUUAACGUCGUAAAGAGCUAGAAAAAGCACUACCUAAGCCGAUCGAAACUGAAAGACACUGGCUAUAAGAACACGUUCGGCAAUGAGGACCUAACUUCCAAGGAAGCUCCCUGUGAAAUUCGGUCGCCUACUUGGUGCAUUGUCAUCCGACGCUAACAUUCUAGUCGAGGACUCGAAAAUCAAAAUUCAUUAAGUUAACAAUAUUGACGACUUAGUCAUACUGAUCUUACAGCACGUAACGUUGACUCAUAAAUUCGUAUAAAAACAAAUUACAAGGUAUCGACGAUCUUAUAUUAGUUAAUAAGUGUAGCGCAAGGCCGACUUCAUGAGGCCGCCACCGAGCGCUAUGUGCGCGACCUCACAAACAGGAAGUGCCUUCCUAAGUCCUCGAAAGGUCAUCUUCUGACCAAGUUUCAUGAAGAUAGGACAGUAAAUGUGGCCUCUAGAGUGUUAACACGAUUUUACUAAAGCUAUUUAAGGAAAAAUGCCCCGCCCCUUGGAAGCCAUGUUUUUCAAGCAAACAUAUUUAUUUUCGAAUUCAUCCAAGAUAUCAUUAAGACCAAUCUUCUGAGCGAAUUUCAUGAAGAUUGGACAAUAAAUGUGGCCUCUAGAGUGUUAACAAGGUUUUACUAUAGCCAUUUAUAGCCAUAUAAGGAAAAAUGCCCCGCCCCUGGUGGCCAUGUUUUUUAAGCAACCAAAACCAUUUUCGAACUCAUCCAAGAUAUCAUUGGGACAAAUCUUCUGACCAAGUUUCGUGAUGAUCGGAAAAUAAAUGUGACCUCUAGAGAGUUAACAAGGCAAAUGUUGACGCCUCAAAACGGACGACGGACAAAAGGCGAUCACAAAAGCUCACCAUGAACACUUGAGCUAAUAAAAAAUAGAAUGGAAAAAUAAUAAUACUGAACAUUGAGGCCAUGCUUAAUAAUGCAACCAAAAGGCAAGGCAGUAGAUUCAAAACAGAAAAAGUUAACUUAUAGUACCUACAAUCAUAUAUUAAAAUAAUCAACACUGUAUACUUGUAAGUAUAUAUUUAAUACCAAAUACGAACACAUAAAAAACAGUUACAUUGUAUUUUAUUGCUGAAAUAAAUAAUUAUAUGAA